GAAUAAAUCUCAGAUUACCGUGUGGAUUUUAAAAAUGUUUUGAUCAUCACUAAUAAACCCUAUAGUCAUGCGGUUUGCAUUUUUUAACAAUACUCGAAAGCUACUCUCUUCGACUCUUCUCGAGUUGGUUUACUUCCUGUAUUGAAAACUCCCAAUUCGUGACUGCUGGUGCAAUUCGUCCAGAAAUCAAUUCAUGAUUACCUUUUCCAAUUUGUCCAUAUUAUCUUUGAACUAUUAGAUCAAAUCUUGAAGCUAUCAGUGUUUUUAGGCGUCUCCAAGGUAUAUAUCGAUUCAAUUUUUUCUUUACCAAGUUAUAUGAAAGAUGAGGCUUCUACCUUUUGGGUUACUGCUAGUUUUAGCUUCUGGAUUGUCGAUCAUUCUCAUUUACAUCACUGGAAUCUCAAACACAGAUCCAAGUGUACAUCUUUCUGGUCAAGAUUUGGAGGCAUUACAAGCUCUUCAGAGUAGUUUUCAACAGUGUGUGAAUGCUAAUGGGUUAGGUUUGCAAGCUAUAUUUCAGCAAGAUUAUUGCCAAGUUGCGAUGAAAUUUCCUGACGAUACUGUUUCCAAGUGGAGUGAUCCUAAAACAAAGGAGCCUGAAGGCUUGUCUCAUGAGUUCAAUAUUUGUGAAGCUGUGGCAACUUGGGAACAGGUUAGAAAUAGUACAACAGUCUUGACAAAGGAGUACAUUGAUGCUUUGCCCAAUGGAUGGGAGGAUUAUGCAUGGAGAAGGAUCAACAAGGGAAUCCAACUGAAUAAUUGUCAAAAUAAGUCUCUUUGCAUGGAGAAACUCUCUCUGGUUCUUCCUCUGACUCCACCAUAUUACCCCAAGCAGUAUCAUCGGUGUGCUGUUGUAGGUAACUCUGCGGAUCUUCUGAAAACCAAGUUUGGCAAGGAGAUAGACUCUUUUGAUGCUGUUUUCCGACAGAACGGUGCACCUAUUCAGAACUACUCUGAGUAUGUAGGUUCAAAGAGUACAUUCCGCCUUCUAAAUAGAGGGUCUGCUAAAGCUCUAGAUAAAGUUGCUGAGCUGUAUGAUGCUGGAAAGGAAGCUUUGAUCGUUAAAACAACUAUUCAUGAUAUAAUGAGCAAAAUGAUACGGGAAGUUCCAAUUCUUAACCCUGUAUAUCUCAUGCUAGGAACGUCUUUUGGUUCAUCAGCUAAAGGAACAGGACUUAAGGCACUGGAGUUUGCUCUCUCUGUAUGUGAUACUGUAGAUAUUUAUGGUUUCACAGUUGAUCCAGGAUAUGAAGAAUGGACUAGAUAUUUCUCUGAAUCUCGUGGAGGCCAUACUCCUCUACAUGGCCGAGCAUACUACCAGAUGAUGGAAUGCUUGGGUCUGAUCAAAAUCCAUUCUCCACUGCGCGCUGAGCCAAACCGUGCUGUGAAGUGGCUUCCCAGUUCUAGUAUUGUGUCUGCUGCAAGGGUUGCAGCUGAAAAGAUAUUGGCGAGGGUUGGAGCAGGCUCCUCUGAUCCACUAGGUCAAUGUUCAAUAGUGAAGAAGCAGCAAGUUAAUCGCAAACCUCUAAAGGGCCUCCGCAAGGCAGCACUUGAACAUCAAAGGUACGUCAAAGGUGCAACAAUGUAUCCCUUAGAACAUAAUAUUGGGCAUGGCUUACUUUGCACAGUACCCUGAUUCUGCUGCCAAACUUUAUCUGCCACGGACUGAUCAUUUAGCAGAACCUCUUAAAUGUUGGAAGAACACGAGAAUCAUGCGAAUCAACUGCUAUUGAGCAUUCUGAAGUUUUGGAGGCCAUUUUUGUAAUCAAAUGUGAAGCAUAACAGCUGGUGAAUGGAAAUGAAACCUGUCAUUUUGUUUAUAUUUGCUAUAGUUACUUAAGAUAACAGAUUAGCUUCCAGGAUAAACAGCAUGUAAUUGAUUUCUGAGGUCACUAACAUUGUUUAGCAUUAAAAUUGAAUUUAUUUUGAUUAUUUGCAAAUUAUGCUGUACUCAGAUUCAAUAUUAACAACAUAUACACAAUUUGCUUGAA